AUGUCUAUUACCCAAGAUGACAACCUGGCUUCUGAUACUGCCUCUCCUGAUUUGCCUAUCAUCACCUUGAGCGCUGAGGCGGAUCAGCUACCACUGUGCGACACAUGCAAGCAGAAGGACUGGUUCCGAAACGAGGCCAGCAUCCGAACGACAGGAGGGAACGAAUGCCACGUCCCAUGCCCCUUGUGCCAGAUUCUUCUUUUGGCAAUCCAGAAGCACGUCAAGAAGCUACCAGGUGAAAAGGCUGAUGCUGCGUGGGAGCAUGGAAAACUCGAAAUAUUAACAGUCGAAUCCCAUCACGAAGAAUACAUGAACUGGGGAUGGAACGAUGGUUUUCAGUUGGAUAUUUUCACGGAAAAAGGUACUCGGCCGUACGGCUUGCCGCAUAUAGGCGUCAGGCGGCUUCAUGGCCCCACGAGGGGGGAAGUAUGGGCUGAAUUCACCAAAGAGUCGCUGGAACGAUGCAGGAAGACACAUGGCAAAUCCUGCCAGCUCGCCGAUGUUGUGGAGCUACCGACUCGUGUGCUCGACGUUGGAACCGAUGAAGCCUCGCUAGUUAAGCUCUAUAUUCCCCGACCCGGGGAGAAGUCGGCUUUUGUUGCACUCAGUCAUCGCUGGGGAGGCGAUUUGGCCAUCAAAACUACCAAGGAUACCUUAGAGGCCAAGAUGCGCGGUAUAGAACUAUCUGCCUUGCCACCAACCUUUCGAGAUGCCGUUGUUUUCACCCGGGGACUCAACAUCAGAUACCUCUGGAUUGAUGCAAUGUGCAUCAUUCAGGACGAUCAGGCAGAUUGGGUGGCGGAAUGCCCUAAAAUGGGGUUAGUUUACCACGGUGCCACUGUCACCAUUGCGGCCAACAUGUCAGAUUCGACUCGAACGGGAUUCUUGGAAGCGGAUCCUUCUGCAUUUGCCAAGCGCUGCCAGCGAAGCCAGCCAGAGCUUGCUCAAGUGAUAGAGUCCGACGGCACGGUUACAAAGGUCUAUUCGCGCGUCAGAGGUGACCAUGGGCCGGUGGAUUCACCCCUUCGUUACUUCGGAAAAACGCGCUACCUCUACGUCAGAGAGGACAACUUCCUCGUGUCGCGGGCCUGGGCGCUCCAGGAACUGCUACUCUCACGCCGAAUGGUUCAUUUUCUCCCGGGCAAGAUGAUUUGGGCAUGUCGGUCAGCGACCUGGUGCGAAUGUAUGGAGCUUGAUACUGAGGACGAACUUCGAGAAUAUGAAUUGCAGGCACAUCCAAACAGAUCCGAACUGGAGAGAGCCAUUUUGGAGGACAGCACUCGGCUUCCAAUGUGGGCGGACCUGAUCUCUUCUUACAUGAGGAAAAAGCUUACGCAUGACACCGACUUUUUUGCGGUCAGAUCAGAGGCGGGCCUUCAUCUCCAGGGCCUCCCAGCAUACAACCCAAUGGGAGGACGGAACGGUGUUAUGCACUACCUAAUCUACUUUGACACGGAAGCAGAUCGAAAGUCGAGCCAGCAGUACUUUGGGCUUUUGGUCUACUCCAGGGAAUCGGGGGAAGAGCCGCCUAACAUGAGGUUUGCCAACGCAACUGGUCUGCUUCUUGUUGAGCUCCAUCGCCCCCUUACCGUCGAUGCCUGCGGCUUCGAUCCAAGGGGAAUCGAGAUGCUUAGCUCUGGGAACCGAGUCUUUCGGAGAGUAGGCUGCUUUGAGAGAAUAGAGGAGUAUCGGACCGCUGGUGAUUCUGACGAUGACUUUGAGGCCAUGGUAGAAAGCAUGCCGGAUCACAACAUGAAUCCAAGAACAGAGCCUCCGAAGCGUUCUGCCUUGUUGAAUAUUGAAAAAAUCAUCAGCGAUGCGCCGACCGAAACCAUCUGUAUUGUUUGA